AUGUCUGAGAGCACUGGUCGGCCUUCUGGAGACGGCCUGGUCUUGGAGGCGUGGGGCCAGGGACUGAUGAUUGGUAGCUUGCUCAUCAUGGCGGCUAUCACCAUCUCGAACAUGAAGAAGCACAUCCUCCUGCACAAGCUCAUCCUGGCCGAAUUGAUCCUCGCUAUGGGCCAUGGUACCUUUAUUUUCCUGCAUGAGCCCGCCUAUGGCUGGUACCUGUCGGUCACGGCGAUCGGUCUCAACGUCUCCUGGGCAUUGCACAAUGUGAUUGCUUGGAUGAAGAACAAACCGUUCCUGUCUCGUCGAGUCUCGCUGUUCUAUAUUGUCACUGUUGUUCUUUGCUGGCCAUAUUGGAUCGUCGAGAUCUAUGCCAAUUUCACCUACUUCAAUAACAUCAACACUAUUUUCAAUACGACCCGCCCGCUUGAGCCGAUCUUCAGAGACCCGUGGUGGGUUUUCACGACUAUUUCCCUAUUCUACACGAUCAAACGCGAAUAUAACUUUGGACUCUGGGAGCUGGUUUUUGUUAGCCCGCGAUUUGGGUUGAUGUUGGCCUCGAUGUGCCUCUCAAUCGCUUUCAUCGUUGUAGACACUUGUAGUGUCUUGAAUGCCUUUAGCGACUCACUCCCUCAGGGCAUUGAGCCAUUCUGGAAGCUUUCGUUUAUCUUCAAGUGCCUUUGCGACACAGUUAUCCUUGAUGAUUUCAAGACCGCGCUUGAUCGGAUGCGCGCUUACUGGCUCCGAAAACAAGCCAGUGGCGAAAUACUUCUCACGAACCCCAACACAGCUCGAUCCCCGCGUCGAGGCGCUCAACAGAUUGAGGAUAUCGAGGCUGCACCUGGUGGCGUUGUUACGCAUCAGCUGGUGCAGAACAACAAGUCUUUCUCCAUACCUCGGGUGGUGCUAAAGGAUACCGUAUAG